AUGGCUAGAAUGUUGAGAGAAGCGCGACCCUCGAGUAAGAUAGUGACAAUCGAAAGCUUCUCCGUGAUUAAGGAGAGACAUGAACCCUACGAGUCCUCUGCUUUUGAGGCUGCUGGUUACAAAUGGAGGUUGAUUUUGUACGUGACUGGUAAUAAAAACGAUGGAGGAAAUAAUCAUAUUUCACUCUACGUGAGGAUCGUAGAUACAGAAUCCCUUCCCAAGGGUUGGGAAGUCAAUGUUGAUCUUAAACUCUUUGUCCAUAAUCCGAAGCAACAAAAGUACUUGGCCGUUACAGAUGGAACAGUGAAAAGAUACAACGAUGUGAAAAAAGAGUGGGGAUUUGGACAAUUCAUUCCUCUUUCUACGUUGUACAACACGAACGAAGGUUACAUCAUGAACGACACAUGUUCUUUUGGUGCUGAGAUCUUCGCGCUUAACCCGACCGAGCAACAAGAGAAGGUCACAUUCAUACCAAACCCCCCAUACAUAGGCGAAAGAAUGUGUGAAGAUUCCUCUCCGGACAAUGUUUUCGCUUGGAGGAUACAUCAUUUCUCCACUUUGGAAGAUAAGUUCUACUUCUCGGACGAGUUUCUCGCUGGAGGUCGAUAUUGGAGAUUAGGAUUUAACCCGAAAGGGAAUGGAGGAGGAAGACCACAUGCACUACCACUCUUCCUAUACGCUGAAGGCUUCAAGCCAGACGCAGUCGCUACAAAUAGUUGGGGAGCCGUUAAUUUGCGGUUAAAGAAUCAACGAAGCUCCAAUCACAGACAACUAUAUUCUGCAGCUUGGUACCCGAUCCGAAGCGGUUAUGGUGUGGGAGUGAACAAUAUCAUACUGUUCACAGAUUUAAAGGAUGCGUCGAAAGGGUAUUUGGUGAAUGAUACCAUUAUCUUUGAAGCUGAGAUGGUUAAGGUCUCUGUGACCAACAUCGUUUCCACCUAA